AUGGGCAAUUAUAUAGACAAAGGCACACACACAUUUGAUGAUGAUGAGAAUACUAAUGUACGCACAGACUCCUUAGAAGUCUCAGAUUUGGCAGAUCGUCUUUCGUUGUCUCCUAGCACCAGCGCGAUCAGCACGACCAGCAUUGAAGUGGCUCAGGAAGCUGGUGAAAGUUUAAAUUUUCAUAUAUUCUCUUACAAACAAUAUAUGCCUUGCAAAAAGCGUCAAGUCUACAAAUGGGCAUCGGCCAAAUUGGCCCUUACUGAGGAGUUGAUUAGAACAAAUCAGUUACGCACAGCUAAUUUGCAGCAACCAUGUUCAUACUUGGAACCAGAUACCGAUUAUCUAACCGACGACGAAAUGGAAGAGGAGUUAUCAAUAGAUACCCAGUUGUCUACAUUGCAACAAUACCGCACAGAACUGGUGGAACUUAUUGGUCAUUUGUCUUUAAGCAAUAAAUCAAAAUCGCAAAAACUUAAAAAAGGUAAACGUUUGAAGCGUCGAAAACUACUGUCGCAUAAAUGUAAUUACAAUAAUAAAAAUACGAAUCAUAACGAAGAUGAUUCGGAUAUGUCGGAUUCUCCAAAACUAGAAACAAACACAAACCGCGAUAAACUUGUAAAAAGAUCGCCUUUAAAAGAUAAGAACUACUGAUUUUAAAUAAAUGGAAUUUAUUAAGAUCAUAAUGAAA